GAGAUGGCGACCUCUGACCCCAUUGCAAACGCCCCCCCCACCCCGCCUGAGGAGUCGGAGGCCUCCCCCUCCCGUCGCAAGAAGCGCGGGCGUCGGAAACUAGAGCAAACCGAGAAGAAUAAGGACGAGCCAGACGACAGAAACUGCGACUCCCCCAGAGAGGGUGAGGCUGGCAGGCUGCGGAGGAGGCCAGUCCCCAGAGUGACUUUCCAGGCUGGAGAUCCGUACUACAUCAGCAGGAGACAGAGAGAAGAAUGGCUCAGCCGCUGGAAGAUGGAGGCGGAGCGACGGGCGUACAUCGAGGCGGAGAUGAACAUGAUGGACGACCUAUCAGAGAGCUUUCAGAAAGAGGAGGAGUUAGCCAGCCCAGCCCCGCCCCCUUCACAACAACACACAGACCCCGCAUCACCAACGGUUGCCGUGACACCGGAGCCGGGUGCCAGGGUAGAACGGGCCACGCCGCGGGAGAUAGAGUACCAGGAUGGCCGGGACUUCGGCAUCGGCGUCCUGGUGUUUGGGAAGCUGCGAGGUUUCUCCUGGUGGCCCGGCAGGAUCGUUUCCUGGUGGAUGAGCGGCCGGAGUCGAGCUGCGGACGGAACUCGCUGGGUGAUGUGGUUUGGAGACGGCAAGUUCUCUGUGGUGUGUGUGGAGAAGCUCAUGCUUCUGAGUUCUUUCUCAUCUGCCUUCCACCAACCCACCUUCAACAAACAGUCGAUGUACCGGAAAGCUAUUUUCGAGGCUCUGCAGGUGGCCAGUGUUCGGGCGGGGAGGCCAGUUCCUUCCUGUGAUGCGAGCGAUGAUGCAGACGGGGUGGAGAUUCAAACCAGACAGAUGAUAGAGUGGGGCAUGACCGGCUUUCUACCCAAGGGUCCACAAUCACUGGAGCCUGCAGAGGAGGAACAAAAUCCAUGUAAGGAAGUGUACCCAGAGAUGUGGACGGAGCCUGAGGCAGCGUACACGCCUCCACCUGCCAAGAAGCCGCGCAAGAACUCAGUUGAAAAAGCAAAGAUCAGAGAGGUGAUCGACGAAGGGACCAGAGAGAGACUCGUAUGUGAGAUCAAAAAGAAGACCAGGAACAUAGACGAUAUCUGCAUCUCCUGUGGAAGCCUCAACGUCUCUCUGGAGCAUCCUCUCUUCGGAGGAGCGAUGUGUCAAGGCUGCAAAAACUCGUUCCUGGAGUGUGCCUACCAGUACGACGACGACGGCUACCAGUCCUACUGCACCAUCUGCUGUGGAGGCAGGGAGGUGCUCAUGUGUGGCAACAACAACUGCUGUAGGUGUUUCUGUGUGGAGUGUGUGGACCUGUUGUGCGGAGCAGGCUCGGCGGCGGCAGCCAUCAAAGAAGACCCCUGGAACUGCUUCAUGUGCGGCUCUCGAAGUGCGUACGGGUUACUGCGGCGACGGGACGACUGGCCCUGCAGACUACAACACUUCUUCGCCAACAACCACGAACAGGACUUUGAGCCAGCCAAGUUGUAUCCUCCAGUUUCAGCGGAGAAGAGGAAACCCAUCAGAGUUCUCUCCCUGUUUGACGGCAUUGCCACAGGUUUGUUGGUGCUGAGGGAUUUGGGCAUGCAGGUUGACAAGUACGUGGCGUCUGAGGUGUGUGAGGACUCCAUUACAGUCGGCAUGGUCCGACACCAUGGUCGCAUCAUGUACGUGGGAGACGUACGCAACGUAACACGCAAACAUAUCGAGGAGUGGGGACCAUUCGACCUGGUGAUCGGAGGAAGCCCCUGCAACGACCUCUCCAUCGUCAACCCUGCGAGGAAAGGCCUUUUCGAGGGGACCGGCCGGUUGUUUUUCGAGUUUUACCGCCUGCUGCACGAGGCUCGGCCGAAACCGGGCGACCAGCGUCCGUUCUAUUGGCUGUUUGAGAACGUGGUCGCUAUGGGAGUCAGCGACAAACGGGACAUCUCCCGCUUUUUAGAGAGUAACCCAGUGAUGAUCGACGCCAAGGAGGUCUCUGCUGCCCACCGCGCUCGCUACUUCUGGGGAAACCUGCCAGGCAUGUCCAGACCUCUGACAGCCAUGAAUAAUGACAAGCUGGACCUACAAGAGUGCCUCGAGCACGGACGUACAGCAAAGUUUGAGAAGUUGCGUACGAUAACGACACGCUCCAACUCUGUGAAGCAGGGGAAAGACGAGCAUUUCCCCGUCUUCAUGGACAGCAAGGAGGACAUCCUCUGGUGCACCGAGAUGGAAAGGGUGUUUGGUUUCCCCGUCCACUACACCGACGUGUCCAACAUGAGUCGUCUGGCCAGGCAAAGGCUGCUGGGACGUUCCUGGAGCGUCCCCGUCAUCAGGCACCUCUUCGCCCCGCUCAAAGAGUACUUCGCCUGCAACUAGUCACGCACCAACUCUCUCUCUCACACACACACACACACACACACACACACACACACACACACACACACACACACACACACACACACACACACACACACACACACACACAUUAUAAACAGUAUGUAACGCAGUAUACAGCCUGUACAUGAAGGUUGGCAGACACGCAAAGACACAGAUGACUGGACACACACACAUACAGGCCUGUCACAAUUACUCUUUUUUUUUCAAAGAGCAAUGAACUUUAAAUUCUUGUGAAAAUAUUAACCCAUCUGAAAUAAAGUAAAACCACACAACCAAAAUAAUAAAUAAAAAGAACUCUCGGGCUCUGUUAAAGAAAGAAGUCUUAUAUUGGUCCCUGCGGUUUGUUCUGGCAUAAUGUCGGCUAAAAUGUUGGUGAUGUUAAAACAAACGCAUGUAAACACAACGGGCAAUAUUGAGGUCAGCUAAAAUGAUGGAGGUCAUGUCCAUAUAUCGUAUGAUGACGAUGUAAUUAUCGUGACAGGUCUACACACACACACACUGUACAGGACUGCUUCCCUAGAUCCCAUGUAGACCACUGGCUGACCUUAGUCCCCUGGUGCUACCUUGCUGAUUCACACACACACACACACACACACACACACACACACACACACACACACACACACACACACACACACACACACUCCUGUCUUCUCUUCACACACAAACUUCCUGUCCAACCUUGAAACUGGUGUCUUCUUCUGGCUUUACUGUGUGAGUUCAAACCUCCAGGGGGCGCAAUACUGACAAAGACGCCCCGACUUUCUGUUUCUAACAUCUCUCCGAAUGCAUCCACACACCAGUGAAUCCCUCUGGACCGGAACACUUAACUGUUUUUAUGCGUAGUGACUGCUGCUGACAAACAUACAAACACACACACACACCAGUUAAAGCUUGUGGUGCUGGUCAGGCAGUGAUAGAGUUCAAAUGGUGCCACUUUAAUACUACACUUUUAAAGUUUUUGGUGCUCUAGGAGACUGAACUGUCUCUGGUUGUUUAAGUCGCUACAUAUUUGUGUCCAAAUACAAGCAGGUGGGGGCGACACUAAGCAAGAGAGGUGCAUUUUUAAGAUCUAUUUAUUUGUCUAUAUUAGUCCAAAGAAGAAAGAAAAAACAAUAGGACUAUAAAAUAAAAUAGCUGAUAGACAGGUGAUGUUGAUUUGCAUGUUCCUUCAAGAAAAUACUGCAGCGCCCUCCAGUGGACAGUCACUAGAUUAGAAAAGAUUUAAAGAAAUACAUUUUAUACUUAAUACCUACUAAGUAACAUCCAAGUAAUUCAUCCAGUGAGAUUACUUCUGCCUCCAGAGCAGCACUGCCUCUGAGAAACAUUAAACAAAACACUUUCAAUGGGGUUCAGUGUUUAUUUAAAGCAUUUAAAGUUAAAGGAAGUCAAUUAAACGUGAACAUGUGGUUAUUAUACAGCUUCUUUUGUCUUCUCCGCCUGAGUUAUUGUCUGGGAAAAAGUCAAAACUAAUCACAGUCCACCAGCUCUUGCAAGUUACGUUCCCACUUUGCUUUAUAACGAUCCAAAAUGUCCUCUUAUCGCAGCGACAUCCACUAAUACCAGAGACGGACCUUUAUUCUGUAGACACUAUGCUGGUUUUCUACUUCCUACAACUGAAACAGAUAGCCCUGUGUGAAUAAAAAAAACUGAUACGUCCUUAUAUCAAUUGCAUCACCUGUUUCUGGGUGUCUCUUCUGCCUUUUUGCCCAACUGCAUGCUGGGAUAAACUCCAAUACAUUGCAUAGGAAUAAUCAAGGAUCACAAAACUCUUUAAUUCUGCGACUUGUAGUGUUGCAAUGCUUCUGCACCUACACCUGGCCUUCCCCCAUCUUCUUCUUCUUCUUCUUCUUCUUCUUCUUCUUCUUCUUAUCGAUAAGAGUUGCAUCUAGUGGACUGUCUCUUGCCACAUCUAUUCCGGCAUGAGUGAAAAGAUGCAAGAUGUUCCUGAAUGUAGUGCAGGUAUGAAUAGUAAAAAUCUCUAGUGGUAGUAAUUUCUUGGGAACUGUGUGUGGAAGAGGCUUUAUUAUACACACAGGCAGUGUGUGUAGACGUCCCGACACACCGAUGUUUUAUUUACACAGGGCUGCCUUUCAGAGAGAACAUCUCUUUCAGUCUGGUGCUUUUGGUCCUCAAGCGGCCAUCUUUUUCCAGGAAGCCUUCUGAUCCUCUGACCUUCCUCAGAUACAAGCUUACAACUGGACACAUGCAGUCUAUGCUGACACACACACACACACACACACACACACACACACACACACUAAAACACAUACACAAACUUUUACAAAAAAACAACAAUAAACCAGCAGGUUCAAGUUUUUUCAAUCAUGUUUACUCUCAGUUCAUACAACCAACCUACAGGUGCUUUUAAAACUCUUGAAACUCUUUUUUUUACAUCGUUCUUGCAGGUUACGCACACACACACACACACACACACACACACAUACACACACACACACACACACAUUCGCUGGAAACACAGUGCCGACUUUCACGCUUUCUCUGAACUCCUUUCGCUAACAAAACAUCAACACACACACACACACACACACAUGCAUACACACUGUGUUUUUUCCGACCGCCUGUUGCCAUCAGGCUUGGUGCUCCCAAACAACCCCCCCCCAACUCCCCUCCCCCAGGUGCUGCAUGUCAGUCAGUCAGUGUAAUCUCCGAUUCCAUGUUAGAUUAGGGAGUAAUGAUAAUAAUAAUCAUGGUAAUAAUAAUUACAAUAAUAAUCUGUUAUCGUGUGUGUGUACUGUUCCAGGUUGGUGCUCAGUUCAGUUCUGUCUCAGCCUAGAGGGGAGAGAGAGAGGCUCGAGAAAGCAUAUAUUACAGUUAGUAUAGUGACUUGUUCUAUUGUACCCAAGGAUGCCGGAAGAAAUUGUUAACCCGUUGAGCUAAAGGACACUCUCAAACAAGAGCGGGUUGAAAUAAGACAGAAUGUAAGUGUUGCAACACAUUAUCAAUAAACACACAGAAAUCUAAUGAUCUGAGGAAAACAGAAAACCAUCCAAAGUUUACCGUUCCAAAAGUUUUUGUCAGAACCUCCUGAAGAAGUUUAAGAAACUAGAAGUCUGCAAGUAACGAUUAUUUUCUCGGUUUUAAAAAAAAGUAUAAAAUACUGAUCACAACUUCCCCCGAGAUGUUUUGAUCGAAGACACAAAUAUAUUUAGUAGAUAUUGUAAAUAUUCACAUCUGAUAAUUAAUUUUCAUUUUACCCCUCCACACGUGUAAAAGUCAUCUGAGAAUGGAAAGUGUUUGGUUUAGUUCAUUUGCACAUAUUAAAAUCAAUCAAAUGGCAUCAAACAGCAAUACAAUUAAACAAUACAAAUAACUACGACAGUGUUUCAAAACCUUCUCAAAAGAGAAAAACAAAUCUGUCAAAGAGGAUUGUUUAGCUUUUCUUACUUUAACACACAUUUUGACUAUUCUUUCGGUAAUAUUGGACACUCCGACCUCCUCAUGGAAAAUAAUUCCCUUAAAAAAGACAAAUACAACAACAGUAAGGGCGUAAACAUUAGGAACCACUGUGUUAUGACAUAAUAAACAAAUCCAGACGAAAAGAAUGCUCCAUAACUCCGACUCCUGUCCUGUAUCUGAUACUGUAGGAAGUUGAGUUUCCUGAAAUAAUAAUAACAACAUAUACCAAAUGUGACAAGGUUUACAACUAGCUGUUGCUUUAUUUUGAAAGGCUCACAAGCUAAUUUUGUGUAAUUUCAACAUGUGUCUGUUUGAGAGUGCAGUCGGACUAAAGCAAGAGGAAUGGAGACGAUAUUUUUAGACGAUGGGUAACGCGGUGAUGAUGUUUCUGUUCGCCUAUCAACAGCUUUUAGGCUGAGUGAUGCGCUGUUUUCAACACUGAUACACUUGCAGACAUAAAACACACAAAACACUGUUAAUAACACACAAACAACGCAGAGAUACAUGCACAACACCUACAAAUACAAUGCUGUGGCGCAUGCAGACACUCAUCUCAUGGACUAAAGGAAAGAUGAGCUUUUAGGAAAAAUGAGGACCUGGUGGUUCAAAAGGUGCUAAAAUUUUAUCUGAAAAUAAGAAAAAUAUAUUGUUAGGAGUAUAAAUCAAGUUUGUCUUUACAAUGACUGUAUUUAAGUUUGUCGUAGUAAUAAAAAGGCACUAUUAUUAUUUUACUCUUGUAUGAAUAUGAACUAAUUAAAAAGGCAUUUUAACUUUGUACUUGAACAAUGUAAGAAAUGAACCGUGAAUAAAAAAAAGGACUGUUUCUUGUGA